AUGCAAAAACAUAUGCUUCUCCAUCGCCCUCCCGCUCCAAUAGAUAUUCCUGGACCACUUGUAAAUGGUGAAGUUUCUAGCAACUUUAAAUGUGCGUCUGCUUUAGAGAAUGGUUCUGAUCAGAUUGGAAAUGCGCCAAUCGUUGUUGGUCAUCCAACCGAAAAUUUAUGUCGACAACAAAGCAAAACCCCUAUGACUUUUACUGAUGCUCAUAGUUUUGUUGUUUUUGAAGCUUCUCCAGCCACCAAAGGUCACACUUUUCGCUGUAACAUAUGCGUCCCUCUUACCAUUUGCUUGCAAAAUAUGUCAAACAAGGCAGUUUACUCAAUUGAUCCAGAAUUUUCUAUUCGAAAGUCCGUUCGUUUAAAAGAAGGUUCAAGUUAUAUUCGUUUUAUUGAAAAGACAUCAGAUGAAUUGGAUGAAGUUGUUGAGUAUGAUUUAGAUGAAGAGGAUCUUUUUUGGCUUAAAAGGAUCAAUGCUAAACGCAAUAGUCUAUCUUUACCACCUGUCUCUGAAUCUACUCUGGAAUGGAUUAUGGACAGAUUUGAAAAAAAGGCCAGAUUCCGGUUGUUUACUUCAAAUGGUUGUGAAACGACAGACGUUUUCCCUGAUAUUGGCGGCAACCAUUCAGGUAUCGAUGAAGAUGCUGUAUGUGCUGUGUGUCAGGACGGGACUUGCGAAAAUACGAAUGUUAUAUUAUUUUGUGAUGUUUGCAACUUAGCCGUACAUCAGGAAUGUUAUGGAGUUCCUUAUGUCCCUGAAGGUCCUUGGCUGUGUCGUAAAUGCCUUCAUUCACCAAGUGAACCAGUUUCAUGUGUCCUUUGUCCGAAUAGAGGUGGUGCCUUCAAAAAAACUACAGAUGACCGUUGGGCUCAUGUCAUAUGUGGGUUAUGGGUACCUGAAGUGAUGUUUGCUAAUCUGACAUUCCUUGAACCACUGGAAGGCAUCGACAGAAUUGCCACAGCCAGAUGGCGUCUUCAGUGUUUCAUUUGUAAACAACGCAAUGUUGGUGCUUGUAUACAGUGUCAUAAAUCUAGUUGUUAUCGAGCAUUUCAUGUGACAUGUGCACAACAUGCUGGAUUGUAUAUGAAAAUUGAGCAUACAGAUGAUCCUGGAGAUCUAGGAAUCCGAAAGAGUGCGUUUUGCGAUCAACAUUGUCCGCCGGAUCACUUUUCUAGUUCAAAUAAAGGAAUGUACGCCCAUUCUGAUUCGGAUGGUCCUCAAUCUCCUGAGCGAGCAGCUCGAAUUCAUCUCAGAAAAGCUCGUAAAAUUUUAGCCGAACGUAGAAAUUCUAAACCAUCUGUUUGUGUUCCCAUUGUAUCUAAAGCAAAACUAGAUCUUAUUCUAUCCAAAUUAUCUGGUGUAUCAGGGGAUAAAAUGGAGUUUUUAAAGCAAACUUAUGCAUUUUGGAAACUCAAAAGAGAGUUUAGACGUGGUGUUCCAUUACUUAAACGACUUCAGGCAUGUUCUUUGCACAGAAGUGCUGCUAAUUUUGUAAGUUGUGAUUAUAAUAUUACUGUUCAUCAAUUUCUGUCUGAUGUUAUUUCAUAA